AUGCGUGAUAAAUUGAACGGUUCCCACAUGCCGAUUCAGUCUCAGUCUCGAUCUGCCUCCAGUUUGAGCAUGCUUCCGUACAUCAUGCAAAUCGCAUUUGUCGUUAUGUGCCUUUCAGUAAUGUCAGCGUCAGGGACUUCCGGAACGCAACCGACCUGGCUCACCAACCCAACCGUUCGGACGCUAAUCGAUACCAUCUUCAACCAAACCGAGCGGGUGGAUAUCGUCAUCGGGGAUCAAAGAGAAGGUGACCGGAUGGAACAGGUCGAAUAUCUUGUACACGGUACUGGCAACAUCUCCGGAAUCCUACAGCACAAGAGUGUCCGUAUCUACGGGCAAGCUUUCCCCGAGGAGGAAGGAUGUACCGGAGAACGAUCAUUGCUGUCCGCUAGAGUACAAACGGAUCCCUCGCAGAAACUUGAUUCGUUGGACACGGUCGAUCGUGACUAUGACGAAGAAUUCGAGCUAAUCAAAUGGGAUCGAUCGUACGAAACAUUCGUCAAAAUCUGGGACCAGAAUCAACACUAUGGCUACGUUGUGUUGGCCGAUUUAAACGUGUUCGAAACGUUGAUGCGGUGUUUGUUGGAUCCAACGGGAACUUAUUUGAUCGUACCGGAUUCGGCGAUGGAAUUCAACCCGAGCAAGGUGAUGCGAUUAAUGAAAUCUGUUUGGAGCAAUCAGGGAGUAAAUAGAUUAUUCGUAUUGAUGGGAGAGAUAGUUUAUGCGUUCGAUCCUUUCCGAAUCAGUAACGGCACGUAUGGCUUUUUAAUAGAACUGACUGAUACUUUAAAAAUACCUUCGAUUCCAGUACAAAACUUCAACGGAUAUCCAUUGAAGAUCGACAUAUUCCGGUCAACGUAUAGUGACCAGAUAACCGGUAAAAACGGCACAAAAAGUGAGCUUAGAGGACCGGAUGUAGUGGCAAGCCAAGUCUUUGCCAAGCGGCUGAACUUUACAGCGAUCCGUCUACCACCAGAUAAGGAUAACUUUGGCGUUCGACUUCCGAAUGGUAGUUUCAACGGUGCCGUUGGUCGACUGAUCCGUCACGAAAGUGACAUAGCAUUCGUCGGAUUCUUCAUCAAGGACUACUUCAGCCGAGACAUUGAAUUUACUACCGGGGUGUAUGCGGACGAGCUGUGUUGUUUGGUUAAGAAGGCCAGCAGAGUGCCGGAAUAUCUACUUCCGAUCACAAUCUUUCCUCCGGAACUGUGGGGUCUGCUGUUUCUGGCAGGAAUAAUUUUUACAGUUGCGUGGAUUAUUAUUCGAAUGGCUAUCCAAACCGUAAUGUCAUCCCGAUCUGGAUGGAAGCAGACUUACCGGUUCGCAUAUUUGUUCAACUUGACAGACGAAAUACGUGAUGCGCCGUUGUAUCACAAACUGAUUCAGAUAUCUAUUGACACCUACAUCCUUCUCCUAAGCGCUACGUAUAUACGCUUCACCCGAUCCGGAAUCGAACGAUUGCUUCUGUUCGGUAUUCUGAUGGUGAGCUUGAUUAUUACCUCUCUGUUCCAAUCGGGACUGUCUUCUGUGUUUGUGACCCCUGUCUACUACAAGGACAUCAGCAGUCUACAGCAGCUGGAUCAAUCCGGAUACAAAAUACCCGUCAAGUAUCAAGGCUUCAUGGAUGACGUUUUUCCGUCCAACUACAGUAGUAUGAUGGAAUCACUACGUAAUAAAAUGGUUCUCUGGCAGUCGAACGCAUCCUUGCUAGCUCAGGUAGCUCAGGUCGGCACCAUUUCCACUGUCACUCGCAAAACGACUCUGUCCCUUGACAACGCCAUCUUCAUAACGACACGGCAACUGUACAUGAUUCCCGAGUGUCCUCGAACGUACAACCUAGCUUACGUGGUUCCGCGGCAUUCCGUGCUGCUGGAACGAAUCAAUGGCUUGCUACUGCGAAUGCUGAACGGCGGUUUGAUCAACCACUGGAUCAGCGCAAUGAACUUCAACGUAACUUUGAAUCACCGGGAGCAGAUCAGAGAUUUCGAGGAACCAACGCUGAAGGUUUUAACCGUACUGGACAUGCAGUUCCCGUUCUAUCUGUUAGUGAUCGGGCUAGGCAUCAGCACUGGGGUGUUUAUUAUCGAGCUGAUCUAUUACAGAAUUAAUCAUUUACCAUACAUAAAUUAA